ACCCCAAAUCGCUGCUAAACCAGUGGCCCAGUCAACACCCGAGAAUGAAAGUAAACCUGUCACUGUCAGAAGAUCACUUGGGAAAACUUUUGAAACCACAGUUCCAUUAUUGCAAGGAGAAGUUGAGGUGCAUUUCUUUUUAACUAACUCCAUAUUGACUUGCCAGAUCCGACGAGAAUGAGAUAUCUAUAUCCUAUCCAAGUGGAAAGCGGACAGCGCUGGUAAUGAAUGAUGCUCACAAGAAAAUGUGUAAAGCUAUUUUCAAGUCGGACAAUGUUGAAAAAACUGUGCUUGAUGUGCUUGCCACCUCAAACCCUGAUGAUGUGGUUAUGGCAGCUACCAAGAUUGUUCAGGCAGAAACCAAAGCAAUUUGCAAAAGAAAUUCAGGCUCCCUGUUACUGAAGAAGGAUCAUGACAGUAUGAUGACCUUUACAUGGAACAAAUUUCAUAAGGAUUUGGAAGUGCGUGCUCCUAACCUGUUGAGGGUAAUCAGUGCAGUUGUCAGUGAUGUUCCAGUGGCACCAUCAGAGAAAAAGUUUAUGAAUAUCUUGCACACAAUUGCAACAGGAUGUCAUGGCCGUAGCCAAGAAAUGUCUGGGCUGCACUAUUGUAUUGCUUUUUUGCUUGUUCAUGGUGGAUGCACUCAAAGGGAUAUUCAAAGACUUGCUAAAAUUGGACUUUGUGUAAGCCCUGGAUCUGUGCACAACAAGUUGGCAUCCUGGAUUGACAAACUGGAUGAAGAUGUUAUUCAGUUGAAGAAAGAUUGGUCAGAAGGAGGACAUGUGAAGUAUCAGUUGGUCGGAGACAACUGGGACAAAAACAUUCUCCCAGCUUUCAGGACAUCACAACAGAAAACUUUGUCAUUACACCUGUUCAAUGUUGUUGUGGUUGUGGAUAGGAUAAUUCCAACUGCCAGAGGUGUGGAAAAUAGUGAUGAACUGAAAACUGACAUUAAAUUGGAGACAUUCAUACCAUCCAUUGAGGAACAAACUAUUCUGAUGGAUGAACUUGUCUUCCACUUUGCUACUUCAGUGAUCAAGGGAGUUCCUCAGAUGAAAGCAGAAUUUGCCAAUAUUUAUCCUGCUCAUCUGACUCAUCCAUACAGUGCACAAGCAGGUGAAAAAACAAAACAGUAUCCAUUAGGAGUAUUCGAUACAAAUGAGACAAAGACAGCCGAUAUGAUUCAGCUACUUCGGGAUUUGCAGUCCAAAUAUGUUCCAUUACAAGAUGAUCACAUAGUGGAAUCAGUGUUUUUUGGUGGUGACAGACUAACAGAUGAACGUGUACAAUGUGCACAGCAGUCAGUUCUCAAUGGAGAGACAGCAGAGUCCAGACUUGAAGGAUUUAUCUCUAAAAUUGAAGACUUUCAUCGUCUAAUGAAUUUCUUGGAGGCUAUCUGCAGGCUCACCUACAGCACAGAUUCUGGAGGAGACAGAGGAACUGCAUGCUAUUUUAGAAAUCUAUUGGAUGCCAGGAAUGUCAAAGGAGAUGUGAAAAAUGCGUAUCGCCCAUACAAACUUCUGUAUUACACAAUUUUAGAUGCUAUGUGCAUUGUUCUGUUUUUCAAGAAAUUCAACAGAAAUGCUGAUGAGGAAAUUCCAUUGCCUAUUGACUUUGAAAAGUUUUCAUCAAAUGACAAGAUCUCUUGGUUAAAUGGAAUCAGUCGUGAAAUUUUACAGGAGUAUUUUUUUGAAUCACAAAAUGACAUCAUGCAUGAUCUCCGAGAAAUCAUAACUGACAUUAGCCAUCCAGAAAACUAUUACCUAUCCAAUCUUGAGAAUGACAGAGUCCAGUGUCACUUUUGUCCCAAAUCAUAUGCAUAUGUUGGGUCCCUGAAAGCACAUGAAGAGAAGGUGCAUGGUGCCAAAACCCCAAUAUCGAAACCUUCAAAUGAAAAAGUGAAAGACGAAUUGGGAGAUCAUUGUCGACUUUUAUUCAAACUUGCAUUACUGCACAAGAACUUGGAUUCAGCAGUUGAUAUGGCCGAUGGACACCGUAGUGUACGAUCAGCGAAAUAUGAACUUCCAAUUUAUGUUAAAACGAACAAAACUAAAUAUGCUAUUGGAUCUAUCCACCUUGUUUCUUUAACAGAGGGUGUUCUGAAUGGGGAGCAGAAGGAACGGUUAAUUGCUAAUAGAUGUGUUAAUUUACAAGGGGGAAAGAAUAACAACAUGGCCCUUGACGAAUAUGUGGAGCUACUCAACAGAGAUAGCAAAGUUGUUUGUUCAGGUUUCCAAACAAAAGAAAGCAUUCUGCGACAUUCCAAGGAGUUUCCUCAUAUUGUCAACUUUGUAAAACACUUUGAUUCUGUUUGUAAUGUUACAACAAGAAAAGGAUUUCAUCACCUCCCAUCUUAUGCUGAAGAUGUUCAGAAAAUUGUAACUCAAUUGUUUGAUAUUGAUGCAUUUACAUUUGUGGAAGGUCGAAAGCUAAAAUGCAAAUCUCUGUGUACAAACAAAAACAUUUUCAAUGAUUGUUUUAAAGGGUUUGCCACUCUUGUCCAUAGACACAAGCCUCUGGUUGCUUUUCACCGUCUUGGAAACAAGCACAUAUAG